GAAAAUUUCCUAUUAAUAAAUUAAUGCUAAUAAGAUUAUGGAAGUGAGAUGUAAACAUUGUAGUAAACACCUUUUUAAGGAUGAUUCUAUGUUACUCAAUGCACAUCAUAAAAUAAAGCAACAUCCAACAGAUAUGGGAUGUAAAACAGAUGAACACGAUUGCUGCUCAUACAUGACUAUGGAAAAUGUGCCACAAUGGAUCUUGAUUAUCGUCGAACAAGAAUCUUGGACCAAAGGAAAACUGUAUUGCCCAUAUUGCAAUAGUCGUUUAGGGACUUUCAAUUUUAUAAAUGACCUAAAGUGUUACUGCAAUGAAUAUGUAAAGCCUCCCAUAAGAUUAGUCAAUAGUAAAUUAGACAUUUUAUAUGGAACUAAAACAGUAGCUAUGUAUAAAUAAAUUUCAUUUUAUGUUAAUUAUAAUUGAUAUAUUCAUUAAACUAUAUAUGAAACUAUAAAAA